GAACGACCUUCUUUGGCGUGCGGCUGCGUGGCUGCGCAGCAGUGCUCAGUGCGGUCCACAAGAGGUGCUAGGACGGGAGAAGCUGUGGCGCAACGUUACUCCGCGUAACAAUCUUGCUUCCUGAACUGGAGAUGUGGUCGUUGAUUGCGCGCACAACCGAAAACAGUAAUCACGGUUGUGUUGGUUUCACUGAGAACAAUAUUACCUGAGCAGUGUUGUGUGCUUCUCGAUCGCCAGUACUUUUGGACCAGCCACCAUGAUACAUCCAGAAUGUCUCGCCCGGGAACAUUCGCCUGUUCUGCUACAAGACGAUAAUGCUCCCCGACCGUGCGCAGACCAGGAAGCGCAUUGUGCGCACUGCACGGCGCAAGGAGGAAGCAAGCACCUUGACCCGGCUCCGAAAGCUGAGGGCGCUGGUGACGAGAAUGAGGCUUCUGACUGUGAGGCUGCCGUGGACGCCGCAGGCAUUGGUUUCUUCAGCUUUGGUGUUAUGUGCACGGCUGGCCUCACCUACCUUACUUGCGGGCUGCAGUGGGGUAUUAGCGCCUACAUCUUGCCUGCGGCAAGGUGCGACUUCGACCUUACGUCAGCUCAGAUGGGCGCGAUUAAUGCCUUCUUUAUGGCUGGUGGCAUGGCGAGCUCGUACGUCUGGGGUGUCUUGGGUGACGUCUUGGGCAGGAGGCCAGUCAUCGUGUUCGCUCUGCUAGCGGAUGCAGCCAGCACGCUGUGUUCAACUUUUGUUCAGAGCUACGCCGCUUUCGCCUUCUUCCGCUGUCUGAGCGGCUUUCUUAUCGGAAGUCCCUCCGCCCUCACUUUCCUGAACAUGAGUGAGUUCGUCCCGGCCCGUGUCCGCGCAACCUACUCGCUAAUUGUGGGUGCCUUCUGGACCGUCUCAUGGAUCCUGCUGCCCGGGCUGGCCUGGCUGGUGCUGCCGCAAACCUGGCAGGUGCAUGCUCUCGGUGUCACCUUCAACUCGUGGCGCGUCAUGUUGGCCCUCAUAGCCGGACCCAGCCUGGUGUGCGCUUGCCUCGCGCUGCGCCUCCCAGAGACCCCCAAGUUCCUCAUGUCCCAGGGUCGGUGUACGGAGGCGAUGGGUGUACUGCGCAGCAUGUAUGCCGCGAAUACGGGCCGCGCCAGUGACCAGUACCCGGUGCGAAGGCUGGCGCUGCCGCCUCGAGACGCCUGCUCCGGCGGUCAAGUCGAGCUGGACGCUGCCUUGAACCUGGGCUUUAAAUCGUUAAACGCGGUGGCGCGGCGCAUGGUGACCCAAGCUUCGUCACUGUUCCGCGCGCCCUUACUCGGGCGCACCCUGCUGGUCUGUGCGAUCCUGAGCACCAACGAGUUUAGCUACUACGGUUUGGUGCUGUGGCUGCCCGAACUUUUCAACCGAUUCGACACGCACUACAGCCUGCACCCCAACGAGACUAUUACGGUGUGCCAACUUUCCCAGUGCUGGGCUGACGAGCUGCGGGACCUGGAGCUGCUAGAGGCGGACAAUGGCAGCAGCAGCAGUGCAGCCGACAUGGUCGGUAGCCCGACGUGCAACGUGGACGAGGCCAUCAAUGAGACUGUGUUCGUGAAGACCCUUAUCAUAAGCACAGUGUGCCUCGUCGCCUAUGUGGUGACCGCCCCUCUCGCCAGUAGGGUCGGCCGCCGCGCUUUGCCCUUUUUCUUGAACUUGGGGUCUGGGAUCCUGGCUGCCGCCAUCUACUUCGUCAAUUCCACUACCAGCAACCUUGUAGUGGCAAGUCUUUUCCAGGCCUUCGUUGGCACGGCCAACACUGCCAUCCUCUCCAUCUUGGCGGACAUAUUCCCUACUAGAGUGAGUGCUGUCGGCGUGUGUUCUGCUGUCUUCGCCGGCCGAGUUAGUGCUGCGGUGAGCAACAUUGUGAUGGGCUCACUUCUGGACAUCAGCUGUGAGGUCCCAAUCUUUCUCAUCUCGGGCUCCGCGAUUGUGAGCGGCCUGCUGAGCAUCUUGGUGCAGCCCCCCUGGCUGGCGAACAGCAUUUCACCGCCACUGCCCCUUGGCGACAGCUCAUCCGGGCCUACUCUUAAGGAGGUCUGCGAGCACGACGUACAACCCUACCGACCCAAGACCACACUCGAUAUCUACGUCAUCGGCGUCACGAGAAGUCCUUCUGCCUCCCGGUGCAUGAGAACUUAGUCCAGGAAAGAUGCUACAAAUCGAUAAACGCAACGUAAGCUGGACUGUGAUGAUAAAAAUAAAAUAAAAAAACAUACCCCUCAAGGUUUUCCUCAA